GAGAAGAUGUGACGUCUCUGUCACUCUGUGGUUAGCCAGUUCCUGUGUCGGUGUGUUCAGUCAUAAAGUGACAGCUAGAGCAACUGUGGUGGUCCGAGUUAUAUCACCUGAAGUCUGGAGGUAGCUGCAGCAGAAGAAGAAGAAGAAGAAGAGGAGGAGAAGAGGUGAUGAUGAUGACGAUGAUGAUGAAGGUUUCUCUGCUGCUGUGGGUUCUCGGUGGUGCAGUGAUGUCAUUAGAGGAGUCUGAUGAUGAAACUAAAAGAGAUGAUGAAGAUCAUAGAGAUGCUAGUGGUGAAAUCCCAGUGGACCUCUCCCUUGUCCCCUUCUCAGAAUGAAACUGUUUUCUCUCUCCUGCUAAAGGCAACACCUCCAGCUCCCCGUCCUCCUCUUCCACAACGACCACGCACCCCCGCUACCUCGUCCUCGUUCUCCUCGGUCUGUGCAUGUCCGCGCACUGAAGAGCAUCAUGUUUGCUGUGAUGACCUUCAGUUUGACUCUAUAAUCCUAAAUAAACCUGCUUCUUAUGUGCUCUCCCUCUGUGACACUUUGGUUAUUCUAGUGUGUCUAUAUGCAGACGAUGUCACUCUUUGUAUCUGAAUCACAAGAUUCAUGUCCAUGUAUUUACGAAUAAAAACAAGUCGUAAAAGUUUGAAACUCGGGCCUUUACACACUCCACAUUUCCCUUGACAUCUUGAACCUGUAUCCAAUCAAUUAAAUAUUUCACAUCAGAACUUUCGGCUUUGACCAUUUUGGACCGAGGUGGAUUUUUCUAAGGUGUUGCCUCCAACGUGGACACGCUGAUCGUUGAUUAGCCCGCUGCACUCCGAUGUGGCUCUGAGCUCGGCUAGCACCCUGCGCCCAUGUGGUUGAUGACUCAGUUCCUGAAAACUGUCUGAUACUGAGAGUUAGUGAAGGUAGAGACACAGAGCGUGUAUGGAAAGAGAGAGAUAGAGAGAGAGAGAGAGAGAGAGAGAGAGAGAGAGAGACAAACAGCCUGCUGUACUGUGGUGGAGAGAAAGUUUAAUAGAGUGAAGAUAGUAUAUCUAUCUAUAGUAGAUCAGUAAAAGUCUGAUACUCAUCGGGUCAAUUUUUGGUUUUCGAGUUGGCUUCUAUUACUUUUGAUAACAUUACAUUUAGAGUCUGAUGUUUUUAGAGGUAAACGACUUUGUUGUGCAUCACUGCCAUAAACUGAACGAGAGCAGAGACGGAAGAAAGUGAGAGGCAGUUACAAUGAAAGAGAGCAGACAGGACAGAGGAGUGGGCGAGAGGGAAGGAAAGGUAGAGAGACGAUGAGCAGGUAGAGAGAGAGCGAGAGAGAGAGAGAGAGAGAGAGUGAGAGAGAGAGAGAGCACCAAGCUGAGGACUCAGAGAGAAGAAGUGAGAACAGAGGUCGAGCAACAGGGGUCGUGGAAAAAAGGAACUAAAAUUUAAAAAAGAACUAAAAGAGAAAGUCAACAGCUUCUGCCGAUAAUCUUCCACCAUCUCUAAGAAAGUGAACCUGAGAGAGAGAGAGAGAAUAAAACGUUGCCGCCAUUAUGAAGCUGUGGAGUCGCCUCUGCUUCCUUGUUCUAGCAGUCUCUUCCAUUUCCAGAGCACAACCCUCAACUACAGAGUCAGCGCAAGACGAGGAGGAUGCAGGUACCCCAGGCUCCUCGACUCCUCCCCCACUGUCCAAGUCUUUCUAUGACACUGAAAACAACUCCACCCACUCAACGCUGCCCCCCCCAUCCUCCCCGAGUCAUGUGUCGGAAAAUGCAACAGAUCUGCUUUCCACAGUGAAUACGACGGACGUGGAGACAGAGGACGGCGCUGGCAGCUCAUUGGCUCCCACGACGACCUCGACCAGUAAGACGGAAGAGCCCCCCACUGAUCCCAUGACAACAGCAAGCAGCUCACCAGAGACAGCUGGAGCCACAGGUGGUUCGACACUGGGUUAUGUGAUGAUGGUGUUGAUCUUUGUGGUGAUCAUUGCUCUGUGUGUCAUCCUCUUCUUUCUCAGGAGAGCGUCCAGGACGUACUCGUUUGACCUCCAGUUCCCAAAUCCCAUCAUAAAUCAGUUCAGCGAACCCAUCGGCACCUUUGAACCAGUCUACCUCGAUGACCUAGCUCCAAAUGAUCGGGUGGCCACCAGUGAACCUCCAGCAGCCAACGGCACAAGUCUGUCGGAGGAAAAAGGCUCCAAUGGAGAGAACCCUCCACAGGAACAACCACGGGCCAAUGGUCUGGAGACGUCCUCACUGAGCUGUGACACCAGCCCCCCCCCGGGCGAAGACCCUGCAGCCGACAAGACCUCGGAGCCCCCGGGCAGCGCAAACCUGUUCUUCGAGGACACCGCAGAGACGCAGCAGAACGAGAACAACAACAACCCCUCGGUUUGUUCCAGUGACCCAUUCGUUGAAAUAAACCUGGACGACCCGGGGUACUGGUGCGAUCAGCUCUUCACCUCUCCUGAAGCCACCUCCUCUGUCCUCCCCUUCUCUCCUUUCUCCUUCUCCUCCUCUUCCUCCUCCUCCUCAUCCUCUUAGCACCUUCAGAAACCACCUGGACACCAACAUGGAGACUUUCAAACACCAGGACAUCAGCAACUUUCAUCUCUUUAUCUCAUGUCCGCCACCAGCUGGCAGGGGACUAGCCUGCAAACUGUUAAAAAAAACUAUUGUAAAUGUGCUGACAUCAUGCUUUACCUAAGUAAUCCAUUCAUCGAAACUGACAUAGGAAUAUAUAAGUUGUAUAGUUUCACAGGAAGAUAAGAAAGUGACAAGUCAUAGUUACAACAAAGUGUUUACUUCUUUUCUAAUUGUUUGUGUAACGAAUCCUGGACUUUAAUUCUGCAAAAGAAAUGAAUCAGGUUUUAAAAUGGCAGCUUUCUCUGUACACGUGGUAACAACACUGCACAGACCCUCCAGAUGUUUAAAGUCCUGAUGAAAACUUAUUUUUUAAUGCCGUCUUUUAUUCGUUCUGCCUGUUUCCCCCCCUUCCAGAACAUUCAGAAAGUAUUCACAGCCAAUAAAUACUCACAAAAAAAUAAAUGUAUGUUUUCCCUCAUCUAUAACCCACAACAACAAAGCUAAAACAUAAUUAAGGCUAUAUUUUGUAAUAUCUAAGUUUCGUAUUCUAUCAAUUCCCUUCAAAAUCGCCUGAAAACCUCUGGCUGUAUAUUUUGUGUAUAUAGGCUUGUGAUUUUGGGUUCAGGGGGGGAGUCGUCCACAUUGAAUAUCAUUGAAAAGAUAUGUAAUAAUCAUUUGAAACAGUAAAACAACAUGAACUGAAGGAAUGUUUAUUCAUUUUAAAUGCAAAAUAAAGCAUUCUUAAGCUUUAA